GUAGAGAGGAGACAUUGCUGGAACUGGCAGCAGAGGAGGAGAGUCGUACAUAGAUCACACGACCGACCACCGGAAUCAGGAUGGAUGAAGACCGAAAUGACAUGACUGAGACUUUAAUAGACCUCACCCUGGAGAUCAUCUACCUGCUGACCGGAGAGGAUUGCACAGCAGUGAAGAAGCCUUCUGGUGAGUAUGUGACAUCCAAGACCCAUUUCCAUCUGAGAGGAGAAUGGAGAAGGGCCCAGAGCUUGAUCGCUAUGUCCACAUCAGACUCCUGGAAAUAUGAGAGAACUAAUAAUCUGAAAAUUCUGGAAGUCAUCAGGAAGAUCACUGAGCUUCUGACAGGAGAGGUUCCUAUAAGGUGUCAGGAUGUCACUGUCUAUUUCUCCAUGGAGGAGUGGGAGUAUUUAGAGGAAAACAAGGAUCUCUACAAGGACUUUGUGAAUGAAUAUCAGCAUCUUUUUGAAUCAUUUGAUGGAUCCAGUAAUGGGAAUUCACCGGAGAGAUGUUCCACUCCUAUAAAAGAGGAGAUUGAGGAGGUAGUUGUGACAGAGGAGCUUGAAGAAGGAUACGUGGAUAUGUACAAGAGCAUUGUGGCUGGAAAAUGGCAAAACUUACGCUACGUGAGGAUGAGAGGGGAUACGGUUCACCUGAAUGACAGAAUAAUGAACAUUACUCAGGAGAUCAUCUACCUGCUGACCGGAGAGGAAUAUGAAGUAGUGAAAAAUUCAUCUGGUGAUCCAUUGAUGCCCAGCAACCGACCCCGGGAUCAAUUUCUUAUGACGGAUCCUAAUUUUUCCUCCUUGAUACCUGAAAGAAACAAUGAGCUAAAGAUUCUAGAAUUCACCUACAAAAUCACUGAACUACUGACAGAAGAGGUUCCUAUAAGGUGUCAGGAUGUCACUGUCUAUUUCUCCAUGGAGGAGUGGGAGUAUGUAGAAGGACACAAGGAUCUCUACAUGGAUGUCAUGAUGGAAAAUUUUCAGACCUUCACAUCAGCAGAUGGGCACAGUAUGUGGACCUCUUUGGAAGAACAUCGUAUGUUAUCUCCAGAUGAUUACACAGAAGACAGUGGUUUCGCACAGUUUUAUCCAGGUGAAAAUCUCAUUGCGCAAAUGAUGUAUGGUGGCCUUUACCAUGAGGAGAGAUCGAGAAGGCACCCCAGUAGAGCGAGACGUUCUUUCAAUAAUUCAGAGAGAGAGACAUCCACUGAACGAGCAUAUCAGUGUCUGCAGUGUGGGAAAUCCUUUUCAUGGAAAUCGGAUCUUACUAGACAUAAAAGAACUCACACCAAACUGUAUACCCUCAACUGUUCAGAGUGCGGGAAACCUUGCAGAGACAAAACGGACCUUAUCCAACAUCUGAGAAUCCACACUGGCGAGAGGCCUUAUGCAUGCUCGGAGUGCGGCAAGUGUUUUCAACGCAGCGAUCUUCUGAAGAGACAUCACAGAGUUCACACGGGUGAGAGGCCUUUUGUGUGCUCCGAGUGCGGCCACAGUUUUAAAGAGAGAGCCCUGCUGACGAGACAUCUCAGAGUGCACACGGGCGAGAAGCCAUUUUUGUGCACGGAGUGUGGCGAGUGUUUUAUGACGAAAGCGCUUCUAAAUGUACAUCAUAGGGAUCACACGGGCGAAAUUCCUUUUGCGUGUAUGGAGUGCGGGAAAAGUUUCACACGGAAGGACACCCUCAUCGUCCACCAGAGAAGCCACACGGGCGAAGUGCCAUUUGUCUGUCCAGAGUGCGGGAAGGGUUUUAAAGAGAAAAGUUCACUCGUCGCACACAAGCGAACCCACUCAAACGAGCGUCCGUUUCCCUGUCCGGAGUGCGGCAAAAGCUUCAGAGAAAAAUUGUAUCUCGCCCGGCAUAUGAAACGCCACAUGGGCGAGGGAUCUUUUCCGUGCUCGGAAUGUGGGAAAGUUUUUGCGUGGAAGCACAGUCUUAUGAUACAUGAGAGGACCCACACAGGGGUCAUGCCGUUUGAUUGCCUGGAAUGUGGCAAAGGCUUUGUGGAAAAGGGUGCGUUCAUCAAACACCAGCAAAGCCACACUGGAGAGCAGCCGUAUACCUGCCCCGAGUGCGGCAAGCAGUUCACUCAGAAAUGGUAUCUCACCCGACACCUGAAAAAUCACAAGGGGGAGCGUCCCUUCCCGUGUUCAGAGUGCGGAAAAUGUUUUACAAAGAAGCAGAAUCUCAUCGUACACCAGCGAAUCCACACGGGUGAAAUGCCCUUUAUAUGUUCGGACUGCGGGAGAGGGUUUGCACGGAAAGGAACGCUCCACCAACACCAGUCCACCCACACCGGGGCACGGCCCUAUUCCUGCCCAGACUGCGGGAAGUGUAUUACGCGGAAACAUAAUCUCAUCAUACAUCAGCGUACCCACACCGGGGAAAUGCCAUUCGUAUGUCAAGAGUGCGGGAAAGGUUUCACAGGGAAAGGAGAACUCAAUAAGCACCAGUCCAUACACACUGGCGAGCGGCCAUUUUCCUGUUCGGAGUGCGGGAAAACUUUUAGGCAGAACAAACAUCUAAUUGGGCACCAGAAAACGCAUCACCAGAAACUUUCUAUGGCGGUGGCAGUGAAAGAUGAAGGCAUUUGAUAUGAUACAAUUUUGUGCCCAGUUAUGGAAAAGACGAGAAGCUUAAAGGAUUCGUUCAUCCAAAACUGAUAGUCCUGUUACAGUCUGGUGAGUCAAAGUCAACUGGCUGUGUUCCCAUCUAUAUUGCUUUGCUCACAUUUGUCUCUGUUGCAUUCUCCAUAAUGUAAAAUAAAUUUACAAAACCAACAAGAGGGGGGCAUAGCUUGCUUGUGCAUAUAGACUCAUCUUAGUCCUUCUGAAAUUGAACUUGAAAAGUAUUAAGUCAUGUGUCGGCUCUUAAAUGGGCCAGAAAGAAGCUGGAAAUUUCGAGCAGGUUGACAAAAAUGGCACCAUUCCCACCACCAAGGAUGCCAGCCCAGGCAGUACCAGGACAGGUUCAUCCGGCGCCUGGGGCAAGGAUCCAGAAUUGCACCCCCCUCCCUCACUGUUAAUACAUACCAUAGAAUGGGCGUAGCACUUCUUUGCCCCCUUGCUCAUCAGCGCCCAGGGCAGCUUCCCCUCCUGUUCACCCCUUGUCAAGGCCUUGAGCCCUGGUAAAAUGCAUCCAAGGAAAUGCUCCGCAAUACCUAUGCGAGAAAAUAAAGCACUACAUCCCUAGUCGCCCCCUCCGGUCAACUAACCAAAACCUCCUCCACAUCCCCAAGACCCGCUACAAAUCUAAAGAACGAAAAUUUGAAGUUCAAGGACCCCGGCUAUAGAACGCUCUACCCACGGACAUCUGCAUGGAAGAAAACCAUCUGGCCUUCAGGAAUAAGCUUAAGA